UGUGUCUUUAGGUAUGUCGGGUGACCCAUCAGAUCGCGAGGAAGGGGUGGGAUAUGAUGAUAAUGAUCAAGGGACAGCUGAGGCGUCUGUUGAAUUUCACGUUGUUCGCUCUAGUCGAGCUAACUUCUCGGAGCCAGAGGAGGUAGGGACCUCCCAACCUCAAGUCCCGAAGAAAGUAAAGGGGAAAAGCACAACCGUGGAUGCCAGUGGCCGACCUGAUGAUCGUGAUAUUAAAGCGUCUCGGUGCACGACUGGGUUUUUGGAGGCCGUGAGGGCCACUUUUGGUAUCCCGGUAGAGUACCAACUGUCCGUGAUCCCGGAGGGGAAAAAGCUGAACGACGCGCCUCCGAAGGGCACUAUCAUGCUGACCCUGGAGCAUCUCCAGUCCGGGAUCCGCUUCCCUAUCUCGGAGCAGUACAAGCGUUUAAGCAAUUAUUUCGAGGUGCCGCUAUCUCAGAUUCAUCCGAACGGAGUUCGGCAUUAUUCUUGCUUCCUGGAGUUGUGUCGGCAAACCGGGGUGGUAGAUUCUAUGCGACUGUUCUGCUGCUUGUACCUGUUGUCGUUUAAAGAUCGGAAUCAUUUCGCGUACAUCCGGCUUCGAGGAGAGAGGAAAGAGGUGGUAGGAGGCUUAGUUACUGGGAUAACUGACUCCUUAAGGGAUUUCAAAGAGGAUUACUUCCAGAUCACCCACCCGACUGCCUUUGAGGGGAUGGUGACUGCUUGGCAGGACAAGUGUUACAAACCAGAAAAAUGGUUCCAUACCCCUGCCCCUCUGGAACUGGCCGAUAUUAUUAAGCUCCGGGAUGCUUCUCCCGUGGCGGACAAAGCUCAUGCUGAUGAUCUUUGUCCGAAGAAGUUUUUUGAAUUCUGGAAGAGUUCGGAUCCUGGUGCUUGUUUUCAUUGUGCUGUUGUUGUUGUUUGUUUUUUUUUUUAUGAACUUGCUUGUUUUUAUUUUGAUUGUUGUUGGUUGUUUCCUGCAGUGAAUAAUAUUGAUGUGGCCAAGCUCGCGAGCAAGAAACGCAAAAGACCGGCAGCCCGAGCUGCCACUCCGGCGCCCCCGUCUGUUCCAAAAGCUGCUGCGGAUGCGACCUCGGCUCCGCGGGUUGCGGGUGAUCAAGGGACCUCGACUGCUGGCAUUCACGUUAUCCCGCUUCGGGUUCAACUGCCCGGAGGGAUUGAUGUUCCCCCUACUGCAGAACCCGUGGGGGACAUUCCGUUCGUGGACCUAGGGUCGGCCGAGACCGUGGUGGGACCGAGGCGAGCUGAGGAGGUUCCCGAGGAAGGAGCUCCUGGGGGAGGUGGCCCGAGCACUCACAGGCCUAGACGCGAGAUCCCGGAUCUGCCGGAGAUCUCCUCUGAUACAAGCACCACCGCCCCUGGUCCUCAGACGAUAACUAGGACCAGCUUUGCCGAGUGGGUGAGCCGUCAUAACGAUGGGGCCCGCGCGACAUUGACCGAGCUGCCCAUUGCGGGGGACGUAGCCCGGGUGACCACGCUGCCCAUAGAUCUGGCCCACUACAAGACGCACAAGCCCGAGAAUAUGCUGGCUGCGGUUUCCUCUCUCUGCCUUCAGGCUGCGCAGAUGUCUUACUUGGCCGACCAAAACGCCAAUAAGAACGAGGUUGACCUCCUUCUUGCCAAGGACCUUCUGCUGUCUGCGAGGUCUAGUCUCCGGGAUGCUGAGAAACGAGCUGUCGAGGCGGAGAGGAGGGCCUCGGAAGGGGCUUCCUUGGUGGCAAGUUUAGAAAACCAGCUGAAGGAGUCCGAGGACCGGCGUGUCGAGGACUUGGGAGUCCUGGAGUCUUUGCGGAAGGAUGUUGGUCGGUUGGAGACCGAGAAGGCUGCUGACAAAGAGGAUUUUUCAAAGCAGCUGGCCGACCUAACGCGCCGGAAUGAGUUGGCGAGCAAAGGGCUCCGGGACACCGUGGAUGACCAGAAAAAGAAGCUGGAGGAGGCCACCAAGCGAGUCGGAGAUGCUGAGGCUAAAGUCGCCGAGUCUGCAGCUCGGGAAGAAGGUCUGUAUGAAGACUUCCGGAAAAUGCUAUAUGUCGGGGAGGUCCAGGCCGGGGAGUAUGUGAGGGGCCGGUUUGGAGCUAACGUUGAUGUUUCGGACUUCAAGCUGGACGUGCUGGAGCUGCACCGCCGAGCUAAAGAGCUGCCCGAAGAUUAUGACAUACCGGCAGAUAUUGAAGAUUAUCUGGCCGAUGAUCAGGGCGAGGGCCCAAACUGAGGCAAUUUGUUUUUGUAAUUGUUGAACAAUUUAGUUUUUAGUUUUAUAGUUUUGAACAAUUUUCCUUGUCUUUGUAAAUUUUUGGGAUGUUUGAGCUUUGAGCUCUUUUUGCUAGUUUGAAUAUUUCCUUUCGUAUACUUGUUUUUUCUGAA